AUUGUUCACGCUCUGUUUUAGCCUUUCCUCUUUUUUCUCUCUUUGUCCAAGCAGAACUCUACAGACAUCGCUAGCCAGAAAAAAGAGAUUAUGGAAAUACUUCACUACCAUUAGGUGCUGCCACACAAUGGAGGUAGCCGCCCAGGAAUCCCAAGACAGCCAGGCCAUCUUUGACGCCGUCAAGGCAGACUUGCAGCUGACGCUGCAGUCCUCCAGCGCUUCUGCCUUGCCUCAAAACAGCACAGGCGACCACACAGCCAGCAACGGCGCGUACAGCUUCACCAGUCUUUCCAGUUUGGGCCAUCGACUGGAUGCUUUCCGACGACACAGCCACGGCCACGCUGCAGAUGCCUCUGGCGCGGGUCGCGUGCUAACAGAAAACCGCCAGCAAGCAAACAUUCAGCUGUCACGGCUUCCCCAGAUAAAUGGCCUAGCCAAACAACCACAUCCCUCUCCACGACAGCUGCCGCCUCAGCUCCCGACCUUACGAACAAACGUCAUCAUGGACGCCCCGGACGAAGAUAGUAUGCCGCCGACGCUUGUGCAGGACGUGAUACCACAUUAUGAAGAGGAACCAACGCUCUUGGUGAUCCCAGAAGAAGACUCGGAGCUCUCCCUCACGCAGAGAAACUCGAAUCGCAGCAACCUGGACAAUAAGUCGCAGCCAUUCGCCAAUCUCGAUACACAACAGUCAGGCUUUGAAGCCCGCACAUUCGACGACGACGAAACGGGAGCCGUCAACUUUGGUCAUCUGAGCGAGCUGAAUCAGCCAUCAUCGCCAGUGUCGGUUGAUGAGGGUUUCGAUAACACCCGAAGCGGAUGGCGCUUGCAAAACGGAGAAUUACAAGAGUUUCCUGGCCAAACGCCCUUCAAGUCGAAUGCAGGAUUUCCAGAGACACCUGCUCUGCCGAGGAAUCCCUUUGCUGGACAAGUCGAUGCGGCCGCUCCUCUAGGUGGUACACAGCUCUUUGGGGCAACCCAGCUGCUGACAUCCGCUGUUAAGCACAGCCCAACCUCAUCUCGGCCCUCGCCAAAUGUCCUUCACAACUCCAUAUCUUCCAACUUUCUAGAAACCUCGCCCUUGAAAAACCGAACGAAUGUCUCCUCUCCGCCGACCCUACGAACAUCCAGCCCGAAUCAUCACACAGACGUUCCCGCCACAGUCGUACGAACGAAUCGAUUGCCCUCGCUGGCCGAAGAAACUCCCCUGGCUCGGUUUGCUGUACAAGACGCAAUUAUUCCAGAGUCGCCUCUGGUUCGUGGCAAUGGUGUCUUCCAGCCAAGCGCGCACUAUGAAUCUGUGAACAAGUCCCAGCAACGAAAAGCACCACCAGUAUCCAUUCUAGAGGACACCGACUCGGACGAUGACACGAUACAGAUGAAGAGAAAACGUCUUGCUGAUAGAAAACGGGCAUUUGGUGCCGAAAAAUUGAGCCGUGUUUCUGUUGAACGACCGGUUCGACGAACCUCAUCUGAACAACCCGAAGUAAAACGCCGACGAUUCAACGAAGCGACGGCCGAGAAGACUGCGACGACCGCCAUUACAGUAUCAGCGUCUGAUGAUGCUACGACAAAGUCUCGAUCGAAUUCGAUCGGGCAAUCACAAAAGCCAAUCCCACAGUCGCUAGAGCCCCCAUCAUUAGAAUCCACCAAGGCAACACCCAAGGACGACGUAGGCGCGACGGUCCAAGGCACGCAGGGAACUGCUGAGAACGUAUAUGACGAUAUAAUUCCCGCUACAAGCCCUGUGCAGGCAUCACCUGCCAUCAUCACACAGGAUGAUGUUUCUGGUGCUGACCAGGAUCUACCUCCCUUACCAAAUGAUGCCGUUGAAGCUGGUGAUGCUGAAAUGGAGACUUCUUCUGCGCUUGCCCCGUCCAGAGCUGUGCGUAGAUCAAGAGGUGCCAAACAACGGAGAUGGAUCCCGAGCUCUUCAAUUUCAGCCGCUGAGCCAACACCAGCAGUGGAUAUAGAACCACCACAGCAGUUUCAAGAUCCUUCAGCAGAUGUUGGCACUGCCUCUGACGCGACUGCAGUUCCAGAAGGCCGCGGUGCAGCUGCCCGGACCGAGAAUGCUGAAGAUGGUACAUCCGAGUCCUCGGCUUUGAGUUCAUUAUCAGCCACCCCAGACCCCGAAUCGACCCCAGCGACCAAGAAUUCUGCAAGAGAAUCAAGCCCAGCACACUCUGCAACGAAUUCUCCUUCCAUAGAAAGGAGUUUGCGCAGACGCCUUCUUGAAGGCACGUCUAACCCCGUCUCUCCACGACGAGCAACUCGACUCACGUCCGCUGUCGACCGAUUGAGGUCAGAGCCAGUGAGCGAAGCCGAGUCAACGUCCACAUCUAUAACGAGUGAUUUAUCGAAAUCAAGGUCACUACACAGCAUUCCCAGAGCAAUCGCGACGGCGGCCGUCCCAAGGCGCAAAGGUCGACUGUUUGAAGGCAUGGUCUUUGCCAUUUCGCUUGUUAUCAAAGAGGAAAAGGAAACACACAAGGAUGUGAAGCUUAUGCGUGACAAGUUGGAGCGCAAGGUCGAGCAAGCUGGUGGCCGCGUCUUACAAAAGGGCUUUCACGAGCUUUUGCAAACCGCACUCCCCGCGCAAUCUACGGCACACAAAGACGUGGAAGCUCUUCAGUUUCAACCGGGUGCUACUGACUACACUUUUGCAGCAGUCAUUACCAAUGGACACUCGCGCAGCUUCAAAUACAUGCAGGCUCUGGCAUUUGGGAUCCCCUGCUUACCGCAGCAAUGGCUCACAGCAUGCAUCAACCACAGCCAAAUUGUCGACUGGCGACCGUACUUGCUUUGCUCGGGGACAUCAACGGUGUUAGGCAAUACGGCGCUCUCUCGCUGGCUGCCUUCAUACUCUGCCGUGGACGCUAGCCUAGUGGAAACUUUGAAGCAGCGGGUGCGCAUCAUGGAGGGCCAGACGGUGCUCAUGGUUGCAGAUGCCGGCAAGAGUACCUCGCCGGAGACAGUCUCGUCGCCAGCAUUUUUAUCGCAAGGCCUCGGUGCCGUGGUUACAAAGGUCGCCACUGUAAGGCAGGCGAAAGAUGCCUUGAGAAGAGCAGAACAGACAGGACAACCGUUUGGUUGGAUAUGUGUCGAGCAUAGCACAGAGAAAGUGGGCUCUCUUCUGCCAUCGGCCAGGACUGGAAGCAAGAAGAAGAAACAAAAGGAGGCAGACUCUGGUCUACGGCUGCUCCAUGAUGAACUUGUCAUACAAAGCUUGAUUCUUGGACGGCUAGUUGAGCCUGAUGAAGAAAAGGCCCUGUAAAGUUAGGAAUAUGGGAGGCGUUUGAAGACAUGUAAAACUUUUUGGGUAGGGAUUUUACGAUAUUGGCGUUUAGGAUACAAUUUUGUAUAAAAGAGAUAGGCUAAUACGACGUACAUAUGAUACCACACCAGAGAUCAUCAACCAGCGAACCCUCACCGUACUUGGCGUAGAACAAGCAACUCAGCUCGUACCAGAGAUCCAGCCGCCUA